UUGGUCGAAAAAAUCUGUUUGGAUCACGUGAUAUUGCCGGACGUAGACGUGAGUGGCGGUCCAACUGCUGCACCACCAUCAUCAUCAUCAUCACCAUCCAUCCUUUGUGCUGUAUUCUCGUCUAUUCGGCCUCAUUUACUUACAUGUUAAUCGUCACUCCGUUGAGUUUCUACUGUUGUGAACGCACAGAGAAGGUAGAAGCUAGCCUCGUGUGCUAUUAGCCUAACGGUCGCAUCCUCUCCUCUCCAUCCGAUCAUCGCUGCUUUGUUGUCGCUAUGGGCUGCUCUUUGCUCCCUCUUUUCGUCGCUGUGUUGGCAGCCCGGUUUGUUGUCGCAGACCCGGAGGAACACGGUCCUGUCGACGGAGCUCCGCCUUCAAAGAUAGCUGUGGUUGGGGCAGGGAUAGGAGGCAGCGCCACUGCCCACUUCCUGCGGCAGCACUUUGGCCCAGAGGUCCAGGUGGACGUGUUUGAGAAGGGAGAGGUGGGAGGUCGUCUCGCCACCGUAACCGUCAAUCACAACGACUAUGAGUCUGGAGGCUCCAUUAUUCACUCACUCAACCUCCACAUGCAGGAGUUUGUCAAGCAGCUGGGUUUGAAGUAUCGUCGCAACGUGGCCGGAAAGAUGGCGGUAUUUAACGGCGAAGAGAUGAUUCUGGAGGAGACGGACUGGUACCUGCUCGACCUGUUCCGGCUGUGGUGGCGCUAUGGUAUUAGCUUCAUACGUCUGCAGAUGUGGGUGGAGGAGAUUAUGGAGAAGUUUAUGAGGAUCUACAAAUACCAGGCCCACGGCUACGCCUUUAGCUCCGUAGAGGAACUGCUGGACUCUCUCGGGGGCAGCGGCUUCAUCAACAUGACCCGGAGGCCACUGUCCGAUUCGCUGCUGGAGCUGGGUGUGUCCCAACGCUUCAUUGAUGAGGUUAUCGCACCCGUGAUGAGGAUCAACUACGGACAGAAUGUCAGCAUCCCAGCCUUUGUAGGUCAGCUAAGUGGGAAGAUGCAAGCAGCAGUGGAGGAAGAAGUGAAGGGGAGAAAGGAAAGGACGAGAGAGGAAAAGAGAUGCAGGGUUGAGAGUAGAAGAGGAAGGCAAGGAGCUGUGUCUUUAGCUGGUGCCCAGAACAACCUGUGGGCGGUGGAAGGAGGCAACAAGCUGGUGUGUUCAGGCCUGCUGAAAAUGGCCAGUGCUAACCUGCUGGAGGCACAGGUCAACUCCAUCUCUCCCAUCCACUCAGGAGAGGGACUCCAGUACCAGCUGAGCUUCACCACGGCAACAGGGACGGCAUCAGAGCUGUAUGACAUUGUAGUGUUGGCGACGCCUCUACAGGCUAGCGUCGGGUCUGGAGUCCAGUUUCAAGGUUUCACGCCUCCGUUUGAUGAGCUGCCUGGCAGCUAUCACAGCACUGUAGCAACCAUCGUCCAUGGUUACCUCAACACUUCCUUCUUUGGGUUCCCGGACCCCCGUCUGUUCCCUUUCGCCAGCGUCUUGACGACCGACACACCUGAUCUGUUCUUUAACAGCGUGGCUAGUGUUUGUCCCGUCAACAUCUCAGCAGGGUUCCGGCGUAAGCAGCCGCAGGAGGCUGGAGUCUACAAGGUGUUCUCCCCACAGCUGCUGGAAAAGUUUCAGCUCAAAACGCUAUUCAGGUCGUACUACUCAGUGCAGGUGACGGAGUGGCAGGCCUACCCUCGCUACAGCAGCAGCCAGCGACUGCCACCUGUGGAGCUGCACCCCAAUCUCUACUACCUCAAUGGGAUUGAGUGGGCUGGUAGCGCCAUGGAGAUGAGCUCAGUGGCUGCCAAAAACAUCGCCCUGCUAGCCUACCACCGCUGGAAUAGACAGACAGACAUGGUGGACCAGAGAGAUCUGGUGCACAGGAUCAAAACCGAACUAUAACAAACGAAUGCUAAGACCCAGAUGAGUAAUGUGAUGUAUGUCUGAGUGUAUGGACUCACCCAACCAAAUUAUAAACUUUUUGUGAUUUUGACCAGUGGCAAGAGAAUUUAGAUGUCCAUUUAUAUAAUAUAACCUUUCGUGAAUGCAUCGAAUUUAUUCAGUCAGUACAGUAAGUUGAACAUAACCCUGCUGCCUCCUAACUAAACGUAAACAUCAAAAACCAUAAGUCAUUAUAUUGGCACCAUUAUAGACUCUGGUCCUGCUCUGCUACUCAAAAGGCCUGUUUCACUUCACUGAUUCUCUGUGCCACAUAAAAGAGACAUGUUGCACUUUUGUUUGUGGAUUUAUUGCCGAUGCUAAUUGGCAGUUUCCAUCCAAAAAUGAUGCCGCAAGGACCUUUCCUUUGCCAAGAAAUAAGAAAACCAAGCAAAUAUGGAGAACACCAGCUGGCGUACUGUAUACUGUACGGACUGUUAGGAGGUGGUAGUGCUGUUAAUGAACACCAUUGAAUAAAAAUACCAGUUUAUGGUUUUGGUACUGCUCUUCUUAAACAAAUGUUUCUGUUUCCAAGCCAAGAAAGCGUUUAGAACAAUAAGCUGUUGUACAGUAUGUAACUGAUUUAACUUUGUCAUCUAAUCAAAACCACAGCACUGCUGCUGCUACUCUCUGUAAAUGUAGGGACUGUUAAUGGACUGGUUGUUGCCACCAAUGAAAUCUCAUUAAAGUAAUCUCAGUAGGA